AUCGGCAUGCCCUGUCGCCUUGGCAUCUCAUUUCAGCUCCCAUAUUAUACCUCGACGGCUUGAGGGACUCAGACUUGGUGCAUGGGUGGGAGAGGCAGUGCCUGGGCGAAAAUUCCGUCAAAUUCAACCGCGGUUCGUGUUGUCGGGAAGAGCAUUGUGACAUCCGAGCAGCGCCUUCACUCUACCUGCUGAAGCACCACUAGGCGGCGCAUAAGGACCGGGCAUGCCAUGCAGGAGAGGAACAGAUCAACAGGAGAGUGAGUCAGUGCUCACAACCAAAGGGAAACACCGACAAGGAGAGAGGAGGGGGGAGGGGGAGGGGGCCACAGAAUCAGUCUGGUUCCGGAUCCACACGAAGCCGCCGCCGCCGUAGCGCGCAGCAGCGCCGCUCAAGGCAUCGCAAACCGAAGCUCGCUUGUCCCAUGGCUCGACGACCCAGCGAUGCCUUCUCCCAGUACAGCGCCGGCUGCGAGGCGUCGUCCGGGCGCCCGCGCCGCAUGUCGAUGGAGGAGGACAUGUUCUACCGGGAGCUCAUGACGUCGCGGCCCGCCAGGCCGCCGAGCUACGAGUCGGCUAUGAAGGCGGCCAUCGCAGCGCAGAGGAAGACGCUCGCAGCUGCCAUUGUGGGGUCUUCUGGAAGCUUACCCGAAGAUGUGCUGCCGCAGUACUCGUGCGACAUCAACCUGGAGGGCGUGUUCAUGCGCAAGAUGGAGAUCGAGGAAACCACGAAGCGAGCCGAGUACCGUGACUGGAGGAUGGUGUACGUCGAGCUGCGCGGCACUGCGCUCAACUUCUAUUCGGUCAAGAAGGAGCGAUGGUGGUCGUCGAAAAACGACGGUCCGGACAUAUCACCCGACAACCCGCCAUGGGUGAAAAAGUCGACCCUGGAGAAGAGCUACACACUGCUGCAUGCGGAUGCCGGCAUUGCCGCCGACUACAGAAAGCGGCGGUACGUCAUCCGCAUGCGGGCAGAGACAGACCAAUUCCUACUGUCGUGCGUCGAACUAGGAACGUUUGUCAAAUGGCUGGACGGGAUAUUCGCUGCCAUCCAUGUCUCGUCACCGAUCGACGAGCGAGACUUCCCCAGAGACUUCAGCAUACCAAGGAUCCAGAGGAUACGGUGGCUACGAGGCCACAGGCCACAGCCCCAAGAUAGCAUCGGCUUCCAGCGCCUCACCGAGCAGCGGAGGCAAGAAGGGAGUGAUGAAGACGAGGAUGAUGGCGAGGGCGAGGGUGAGGGUGAGGGCGGCGAACCACCAGACUCUGCAUACCGAGGGGAUGAUCAGGGCGGUCCCAAUCACGGCCCUCGAACCGACCACCCAGUUGUUGGGAGACUGUCAACCACAUCGUAUCCAAACGAGAGCAUCGACCCGGUGACGGGCAAGUGGAAGCCACAGCACCACUGGACCUUGACUCACGACCAGCUAUACGCCCGCCUUUGCUACUCCGUGCUGCUCUUCAAGAGCCCGCGCAAGAGUAACUACGUAAUUGCGAGGGGAACGCGGUGGUAUGUGGACUGGAACACAGGCCGCAUGGUCCGCGUGCUGCCGCCGGCCUACGGCGAAGUGGAUGUCAUGGGGCCGUGGCAGGUCAUUAUGCCCGAGAACAGACUACUGUAAACCGACAUGGCCGUUCCCGAGGCAAUGGCGUCUACGGUAGCUGGUUGUCAUCUUCUUGCACAACUGAGCAGUCUGCUCCGUUCUCCUCUUUGGUUAUUCCUUUUGUCACAUUAACGGCGUGGAGUUAUCGGUACAGGCGGAGCAUCGGAUACAUCUGACUGGCUAGUCCUUUCUUGUUUGCAUACCACUUUAGCAUGGCAUUGAAUAUCUCGAGACGGUGGGCUGGGCGGGCUAUAGCAUCAUAUACCACAUUUCCUUUCAGGGGUUGAAGUGGAUUUGCACGGAAUGGGUGAAAGGGGAAAGGUCCAUGCCGGUUUCGGGUGCCUCCAGUUUGAUAUCACUG